GGCUAAACACCUCCCUCUGCAAAUGGAACCUGGACUUCCUGACGGGCCGCCCAAAGGUGGUGAGGGUAGGUAGCAACACAUCUGCCACGCUAAUGCUCAACACUGGAUCCCCCCAAGGGUGCGUGCUCAGUCCCCUCCUGUACUCCCUGUUCACCCACGGCUGCAUGGCCUGGUACGACUCCAAAUUACACAACAGUAACCUGAUGACGAGACAGCCUAUAGGGAGGAGGUCAGAGACCUGGCCGGGUGGUGCCAUAAUAACAACCUAUCCCUCAACAAAUCAAGACUAAGGAGAUGAUUGUGGACUACAGGAAAAGGAGGACCGAGUACACCCCCAUUCUCAUCGACGGGGCUGUAGUGGAGCAGGUUCAGAGUUUCAAGUUCCUUGGUGUCCACUGCACCAACAAACUAGAGUGGUCCAAACACACCAAGACAAUCGUGAAGAGGGCACGACAAAGCCUAUUCCCCCUCAGGAAACUAAAAAGAUUUGGCAUGGGUGCUGAGAUCCUCAAAAGGUUCUACAGCUGCAACAUCGAGAGCAUCCUGACUGGUUGCAUCACUGCCUGGUACGGCAAUUGCUCAGCCUCCGACCGCAAGGCACUACAGAGGGUAGUACGUACGGCCCAGUACAUCACUGGGGCAAAGCUGCCUGCCAUCCAGGACCUCUACACCAGGCGGUGUCAGAGGAAGGCCCUAAGAAUUGUCAAAGACCCCAGCCACCCCAGUCAUAGACUGUUCUCUCUACUACCGCAUGGCAAGCGGUACCGGAGUGCCAAGUCUAGGACAAAAAGGCUUCUCAACAGUUUUUACCCCCAAGCCAUAAGACUCCUGAACAGGGGAAGUCCAGGAAGAACCAGAGCAAAAUGGUGGAUUGGUUACAAUGGUGAUACAUUCAUGUGAAGUAAUUAUUAACUUUAGAUAAUAU